AUGGCGGGGCUGCGGACCAGGCGGGGCCCCGGGCUCCCGAUGCUGGCGCUGUCAGCCCUGGGCUUCUGCCUGAUGCUGCAAGUCAGUGCCAAGAGGCCCCCCAAAACGCCCCCCUGUCCACCCAGCUGCUCCUGCACCAGGGACACGGCCUUCUGCGUGGACUCUAAGGCAGUGCCCAGGAACCUGCCCGCCGAGGUCAUCUCUCUGACGCUGGUGAAUGCCGCCUUCUCCGAGGUCCAGGCUGGAGCGUUCUCCCACCUGCCGCUGCUGCAGUUCCUGUUACUCAACUCCAACAAGUUCACGCUGAUCGGAGACAACGCCUUCACAGGGCUGUCGCACCUGCAGUACCUCUUCAUAGAGAACAAUGACAUCUGGGCGCUAUCCAAGUUUACUUUCCGAGGACUCAAGUCUUUAACACACCUCUCCCUGGCCAACAAUAACCUGCAGACGUUGCCUAGAGACAUCUUUCGGCCCCUGGACAUCCUGAGUGACUUGGACCUACGGGGCAACUCACUCAACUGUGACUGCAAGGUGAAGUGGCUGGUGGAGUGGCUGGCACACACCAACACCACGGUGGCCCCCAUCUAUUGCACCAGCCCACCCCGCUUCCAAGAGCACAAAGUGCAGGAUUUGCCACUGCGGGAGUUUGACUGCAUCACCACAGAUUUUGUGCUGUACCAGACCUUGUCCUUCCCAGCGGUGUCAGCGGAGCCCUUCCUUUACUCCAGCGACCUCUACGUGGCUCUGGCCCAGCCAGGUGCCAGCGCUUGCACUGUCCUCAAGUGGGACUAUGUUGAACGGCAGCUUCGAGAUUAUGAUAAGAUUCCAGCCCCCUCGGCCGUGCACUGCAAGCCCAUGGUGGUGGACAGCCAGCUGUACGUGGUGGUAGCCCAGCUGUUCGGCGGUUCUUACAUUUACCACUGGGACCCCAACACCACACGCUUCACCAAGCUGCAGGACAUCGACCCGCAGCGCGUGCGCAAGCCCAAUGACCUGGAGGCCUUUCGCAUCGACGGCGACUGGUACUUUGCCGUGGCCGACAGCUCCAAGGCGGGCGCCACCAGCCUCUACCGCUGGCACCAGAAUGGCUUCUACUCCCACCAGGCCCUGCACCCCUGGCACCGUGAUACCGACCUGGAGUUUGUGGACGGCGAGGGCAAGCCACGGCUGAUUGUGUCGAGCAGCUCCCAGGCGCCAGUCAUCUAUCAGUGGAGUCGCACCCAGAAGCAGUUUGUGGCCCAGGGUGAGAUUUCUCAGGUACCUGACGCCCAGGCUGUGAAACACUUCCGUGCUGGACGGGACAGCUACCUGUGCCUCAGCCGCUACAUAGGGGACUCCAAGAUCCUGCGCUGGGAGGGCACCCGCUUCUCCGAGGUGCAGGCCCUGCCCUCCCGGGGCUCGCUGGCCCUGCAGCCCUUCCUCGUGGGUGGCCGCCGCUACCUGGCACUGGGCAGCGACUUCUCCUUCACCCAGGUCUACCAGUGGGAUGAGGGGCGGCAGAAGUUCGUCCGGUUCCAGGAGCUGGCUGUGCAGGCCCCUCGGGCCUUCUGCUACAUGCCUGCGGGGGACGCCCAGCUGCUCCUGGCCCCCAGCUUCAAGGGACAGACACUUGUGUACCGACACGUGGUGGUGGAUCUCAGUGCCUAGCGGGAUGCCGAGGCCUCUGGGUCGAGGCUGAGGGGAGGCUCUGCGUGAGCAGCACGUGUGCCCGGGUGAGGACGCGUGCAGCUAACCUCGCGCACACACUCCUGGUGAGCAGGGGCACCACUUGGACUGGCCCCAGAAGCCGCUCGUCACAGUUGUAAUCGGCAUGAGGACCCGUAUAUGCGCCAGGCAACCCAGAGCCCGGGGCCCUCCCAUCUGUGGACACCCGUGGACUCCACACCGCAUCUACAGGCCCCCUUAUCUGCUGCCUUCCACAAGCUCUGGCCUUGGGAGGGGGAGGGAUGCUGCGAGGGGGGGUCUUGGGCUGAUCUUUCUGACCCUCUGGUCUCUCCUCGUCGGUGCUCCAGAGGUCCACUUAACCUCCUCACGCCCCACGAGGCAGCCACGACCACAUCCUUCGCACUGCGGGUAUGCUCACCCACCCUCCGCUCCUCCUGCAUGUACACGUGGGAUCCGGCCCACGCCCUCAGUCACACGCACGCACACCUGUCCACACCCCCCGUUUCCUAGUGUGCACAUGGAGAUCCAGCGCUGCCAAAAGGGGCUCCCCGCCGUGACCUGGCCUCACACAGUACCGCCCUCCUCCGCUCAUCCCUGGUGUGCCCGCCCUGCCUCUGGGCACCAGCUUGACUUCCUGGGGGCAAAGCCCCUCUGCCCGAAGCAAUAACAACAGCAGCCCUGGCAGACCCGACUUCCUCCCUCCCUGCGCUGCCUCUGUCCUCACCGGGGUUUUCUGCUCUGACCCUGUGACCAUGGACCACCCAGAUAAAAGCCUUCCUGUCUUCCUGUCCUGUGGCUGCCCCAGCCUAGGCCCCUGCCCGCGCCCCCUGGUCCAGCACCUCCUUUGGGCUGUGGCCCCCGUGCUGCACAGCCUCGGGCUGGGUCCCAGAGCUGGCCCGGCCGAGGACCCUGCGAGCACUCAGGGCCUCUGGGCAGGUGCAGGAGCAGAGCUGGGCUGCAGAGCACCUGGGGGGCUCUGGCGCCCCUCCAGUCCACAGACACACACCCCAGGGGCUCGGCCUUGAGGGCAAACUGAGGGGGAGAGGGCUGAGGCCUGGAGGAGGGGCGCCGGGAGCCGAGCUUCUGCUGCCCUCUGCUGUAAGCUGGGGACAGACAGUCGCAAGGAAGGAGGCGGGUGCAGAAGACCUGGGAGGGGAGCUUCUUCCUUGAGUCCAGACUGUGUGUGGGGCUUCUGGUGGCUUAAU